AUGAAAGGGAACCAACGACUGAUACCAGUAAAUUCGUACGUUCUCUCGAAAAGACAGAUUCAAUUUACAUAUUUUAAGUUUCGUUGACAGAUCUGUGAGACUCGAAGCCAUGAAACAUUUGCUGCUGAUACUGUUCGCCUUUGUGGCGUUGGCAUCUGCUGAAUUAAGCGACGUGGAAAAAGCAAUAAUAUAUACAGCCGAGCUUUUGGCGACCGAUUAUGAAACAGCCGAAAUGUGCUUGCGCGAUGCGAAUGUAACAGUUGAUGAUCUUGUAAAAGUAUCCAAAGUGCUAGAGCAACUAUACAGUACGUUUGUUAAUAAUAAAGACAUGGACACCAUUAGAAAAGGCGCUUGCGCUUUCACUUAUUGUGCGAAAAAACGAGGAGUGGUGUCCGGUUCAAAAAUCCAGAUAGACAAGAUGGAAGAUAUAAUCGAAAAAAAGAAAAUGCCACUAAAGACGGAGAAUUACUACAAAAGAAUUGCAAGGGAAUGUAUGAAUAGAGUGAAGGAUAUAACAGACGAAUGUUUCGUGGGACUCGAGUUCUACAAGUGUCUAAUCCACUUAAUCGACCACGGCUCCGCAUACUCAGCUGAAACUACUUAAAAAUUUCUUGCAUCGUGUUAGAGUUUGAUACGUCGAUGUAACGAAUUUGAAAUAAAACGAAGCUUCGAAA